AUGUCGAAAUACUUGAAAUCGCCGGACAAUAUGCUCACAUCAACUAGCCUGGAGUCGAUUGCUCACUCUUAUAUUCUCAAUGAGCUCCGUUCGUCGAUUAGCAAGAAUAUUUUCUCAGAAAAGUGUUUUUUGGAAGAUAAUGGAAAGGAAUUGAUACAGAAAAUGCUGGAUAAUUCGAAUUUUAAGCUCAGAAUGUACGGAUCGGCUGACGAGCUUGCACAGAAUCUGAAAAUUUAUCAGAAUUUUCCUGGAAGUCAGCAAUUUUUGGGAACCUAUUUUGAGCCAUACCUUAAUGCUCCAGUCAUUUAUCACAGUUUAAAAAAUGAGAAAUUCAUCUGCAAAUCGGAUAUCUCUGUGAUUCUUCAGAAUAUGGCGGUUGAAAUCUCAUUGAUGCCGAAUGUUGGCACUUUCCGAUAUGUGAUUGCCAGUGCUCUAAGUGGUCAUCCGGAGCAACAAGCGAAACAUCUGGAAUUCGUAAAAUUCGAUCAGAAAGUGUUCGAUGAGAUUGAGAUGGAAAUGCGAAAAGCGAAUUCUACGAAUGAAAUCACUAAAACAGUGUCACAAAUCUCUUCUGGAAAUUUCGAAACACUGGUUGAGAAGUAUUUUAAAGUGAAAACUGCGGGCUACACUAAAGAAGAUUUUCGAAAUUUGAUCAAAAAUUACUACAAAGGUGUAAUGAAUUCGAGCAACAAUCCGGCAGAGGCGUUGACUGUAUACUCGGUGAACAUGACCAUGGCGAUUUGUCUUCGAAACAUUAUUGUAACGAGACCGGAGAUGUUUCACCAAAAGGCACCGAUUACGGUCAGACUAUUUGAAGAUGGAGAUCAGAAAUUUGUGAUCGGAGCUGAAUUAUCUUAUGCUUUGUGGCCAGAAAAGCUAUCAGAAAUAUUUGAAAAUAGUAGGAAAGUUGGGCCACAUAUGUACAGCACAAUGGGGCUGGAAGAAGCGAAAGAGGAGGGAGAAGGGAAAAUUGAGUUCAUCCGCUACCCGAUCAAAAGAGCGAAACACAGAGCUGUUCCGAUUAAAGGACCUAACCCAGAGGACCCUGAUGAUUGGUGUAUUCUGGCUGUGGACGCUUUUUUCGAAUUUAUGAAGAGUAUCAUCACUGGAGUGAAGAUUUUUCUGAAAUGUUUCGAUACGUUUGCCGUUUUUAAGUACAUUUUUAGUGCUCUCGAGAAAGUAUUCAAACCCGAAGUUGAAUCGCCAUAUUUCUUACAAAUUGCAUCUGUCGAUAAUCUGUUGACGACGCUUCAGAACACUAUUCAAUCGGUUCGGCCAACUAAUGACGUUCGAAAUGCGAAAAAAGACGGAUUCACUGUACAGAAUCUGAAGAACGAACUGAAUCAUUUGGGUCUUACUGUCCUCUUUCCGGAAAUCCGAAAUUAUGCAGAAGAUGUCUAUGACGAAAUCGAUAAAGCUAAGAAAGAGAGAUAUCUGAGAACCUGCGAUUUGUUUGAUGCAGUGGAGAAUUGUCAGUUGAUUUGUGUGCUCAAUAGGGUUCCGAAUCUCAAGAAGUUUCUUCACAAUCAGAAAGGAUGUGGAAGAGUACUUGGAUACAAAUGUGAACAUUGUGAGAAGGAAAAGAAGGCGUCGGAUGAACUAGAAACGAUGGAAAUCAGUCAACAACCAGCGGAGGUUCAGAAGACGUCAGACAUCCAGAAUUCCAUGAAGAAUCUGAAAAUUGAGACCUCAUAUGCAUCGGUUUCAAAUCAAUACUCACAACCGGCGUUCUCUGCUCCAAAACACUGUGAAAAGUGCUCAGAAAAUUCUGUAAUUCUUGUCGAAACUCAAAAUGAGUUGAAAAUAAGUCAAGAUCAGCUGAAGGAGAUGCAACAGAAGAUCACAAAUACAGAGAAGGAAUCGAGUGACCUGAAAAAAGAACACGAGAAAAUUGUGGAAUCUGAAGCCAAGAAGACGGAGGAAUUGUCUAAAAUUGAGGAAGAAUUGAGUAAAGAGAAAGAAGAGGAGAUUCUGAAGGCGUCAAAGGAAAACGAGGAACUUCAGAAGACUAUUCUCAAGUUGACAGCUGAAAAUAAGGCAAAUGAGAAAGUGAUUCAAAAGUUACUCGAUAGAAUCACCGAUUUAUCGACUAAUAACCAGAAAACUCAUCAAAUUAAUGAGAAAACUAUCGAAGAAUCGGCUCCAACUACUUCUGUCACUUCUAAAAAUGCUCCUCUCGUUAUCGAUUGUCUCAUUUGUUCCAGUCAGAUCAAGUCGGGACAAGAAGUCAUCAGAUGUCCAUUGUGCAAACGAAGAUUCCAUUCGAAUUGUGCAUUCAAAUGGCGCAAAGACCACACUCAAUGCCCGGCGUGCAAUGGAGAUCUUCCGAGAAUUUAA